AUGGGAAAUCAACCUCAAGAUAUCUCGAAAAUAAAAUAAGUUUUAUAAAAAGAUUAUUUAUCUAGAACUGAAUAAGACUUUUUAUUAAUUAUAGAGUAUAUGUCUUGUUUUCAAUAUUUUGAAAAAAUCAAAGCCAAAUACAAUGCUGAUUUUAUGAAACACUUAUGUAAACAUCUAUAUUUAAAAACAUUUGGACCAAACUAAAAUAUAUCAGUUAAUAGAACAACUUAUAUUAUAUUAAGUGGUAGAGUUUUAGUAACAUAAGAACUUGAUGCAACAAAACCAAAAACUUUUACUGAUAUUUCUGAUAUACAAUAAUAUUCUUAAGUGUCUGAAAUGACAUUUGGAUAAUCAUUCAAUGAAUUUGGAUUAUAAGAUGUUUAGAAAUCUACAGCAAUGACAAUAAGAUAAACAGAUUUAGCAUGUUUAGAUUUUAAAUUUAUUAUUGAAUUAAACUCAAAUAUCAAAUCUACAGAAAACAAUGAAAAAAUUACAUUUCUAAAAUAAUUAACAUAUAUUUAGUAAUUCUCUGAGAAUGAAAUUAAAUAUUUUUCUUAUAAAUUAGAAGUUAUCAAACCAUAAAAAAAUGAAACAAUAUAUUUAGAAGGUGAUGAAUAUUGUGAUUGGAUAUAUUUUGUUUUUAAAGGAGAAUUUUCACUUACAAAAAGAGACAAUUCAUAAUAUGAACAUUAAUUAACUAGAUUGAUAGAGGGAGAAAUAUUUGGAGAAGAGACUUUUUUAAAUUAUGAGAAAAGAUUUUUUAGUGUUAAAUGUCUUUGUGAUUCUGCUAUGUUGUUUAGAAUUUCUAAUGUUGAACUAGAAAAAAAAGUUUGGUAAAGAGAAUCAAGAAAUAUACUAUUUUUACUAAUUGGAGAAAAAUGGUUAUUUAGAUUAAAAAGACUCGUUGAAUUAUCUAAAUAACCUAUAGAUGUUUAAGAAAUUAAAUCACAUUUAUCAUAUUUAGAAGAAAUUAGUUCUUGUAACUUAUAAUUUUAGUUUCAGGAAAACGAAUUUAAUCCAUAAAAUAUAAAUAAAAAUUCAAGAUUAAAAUAAGGAUCAAGAUUAUAAAAAAAUAUUAUACUUCCUACAUCAUUAAUUAUUUAAAAUUCUUAAUAAUUAAAUUAAUUUUUUAAACAUUAAACUUGUAAAGCCUAAAAUUUUAAUAAAAAUAUUUCUUUUGAUAAAACUCAUACUAAUACAUCUACUAAAUUGGCUGAUAAUUAUCCUAAAAAUAAUGAACUCUAACCAAAAAGAAGAGUUUUAUAGAAAAUUAUUAGUCCAAAUAUAAAAAGUACUAAAAUAUCCUCACAUAAUAAUAUUACUAUUUCAACAAAAGAAUAACCAGGUAUGUAAUUAGAGAAUUUUGAAAAGACUUAAAAUGUAUUAAAUGAUGAAUUAAUUAAUUGGGGAGGUAAUUCAAGUAGAAGAAAUUAAGAACUAAAAGAAUAAUUUUAUUCUGCCAUAAAAAGUUAUGCUUCUCAUGUUAAAUAUUAAAAUUUAAACUUUAUUGAAGCAUCUUCAAAUUAUUCAUAACAAUUAAAUAGUGAAUAUGAAUUGUUAAUGAAAAAAUAAUAAGAAAAUAUUGGCAAUUUUUUUGAACUUGAACCAAGAAGCAAAACAGAUAAUUAAUUAAGAAAAGAUUACUUUUUAAAAUAAUUAAAAAAAAUGCAAAAAAGAUUAUAAGUACUUUAAAUGAUUGCUAAAGGUUACAUUACUUGUAAAUAUAAUUAGUGUGUAAAUGAAGAAGGAGAGAUUGUAGAUAUAAUUGAAAAGGCUUCAAAAGAUGAUGCUUAUGAAAUAAAAGAUGGAAAGAAAUAGCUUAAAUUUAAUUUUGUUACUUCCAUCAAUUAUAAACCUAUAGAAAAACCAGUAUUUAUAAAUUAAUGUUCUAGAAAUUUAAAGAUUUUGAUCAAUAAAUUGUAGAAUAAGAAGAAUAAAUUAGAGUCAUUUCUGAUAUAGUAUCUGGUAAACUUGAUCCUGAGUAAGCACCCUCUGUUAAUGAAGAAUAUAAUAAAUAAAUGUCAAUGAGAAAAAAAGCUAGUGAAGUUAUUUAAAUUCCAACUUUAGUGAAAACCUUCAGUUCAAAACUUAGAAUUUCAUCUGCUACAUUUAAAAAAGAUUUAUCUAAAAAUAUCUUCUCGAAUGCUAUAAAAAUUAGGAAGAUGACAUGA